AUGGGGGGGGAGAACGAGGCGGAGAGCCGGCAGGGCCCCGGCGGCGAGCGGGCCGGCGGCGAGGCGCCGCUCCACCUGUUGGACGCCUGCGGGGGGUGCGGGCAGCACCUCCAGAGCCGCCAGCCCCGCCUGCUGCCCUGCCUCCACUCGCUGUGCCGCCGCUGCCUGCCCGCGCCGCACCGCUACCUCAUGCUGCCGCCCCCCGCCGCCGGGGCCCCCAAAGACGCCCCCUUGCCGCCGCCGCCGCCGCUCCUCCAGCCCGCCCCCUCCUCGCCGGGCCCCGCGCCGCCCUCGCCGCUGCACUGCAGCCCGGUUGGUGUUGUUCGUUGUCCAGUUUGUGGCCAGGAAUGUGCAGAAAGACACAUUAUAGAUAACAUUUUUGUGAAGGAUACUACUGAGGUUCCCAGUAGUACAGUGGAGAAGUCAAAUCAGGUUUGUACAAGCUGUGAAGACAAUGCAGAAGCCAACGGCUUCUGCGUGGAAUGUGUGGAAUGGUUAUGCAAGACCUGCAUCCGAGCUCAUCAGAGAGUGAAAUUCACAAAGGAUCAUACAGUCAGACAGAAAGAAGAAGUAUCUCCAGAGGCUGUUGGUAUAACUAGUCAGCGACCUGUGUUCUGCCCUUAUCACAAAAAGGAACAGCUGAAGCUCUACUGUGAGACUUGUGACAAGUUGACGUGUCGGGAUUGCCAGCUGCUGGAACACAAAGAGCAUAGGUACCAGUUUAUAGAAGAAGCCUUUCAGAAUCAAAAGGUGAUAAUUGACACACUUGUUACGAAGCUGAUGGAGAAAAGUAAAUACAUAAACUACACAGGCGAGCAGGUUCAGAACAGGAUCCUGGAAGUGAAUCGGAAUCAAAAGUUGGUAGAACAGGACAUUAAAGUUGCCAUUUUCACAUUGAUGGUAGAAAUAAAUAAGAAAGGGAAAGCUCUACUGCAUCAGCUAGAGUGUCUCGCUAAGGAACACCGGAUGAAGCUUCUGCAGCAACAACAGGAAGUGGCCGGGCUUUCUAAGCAGCUGGAACAUGUCAUGAACUUUUCGAAGUGGGCGGUUUCCAGCGGUAGCAGCACAGCUUUAUUGUACAGCAAACGGCUGAUUACAUAUCGGUUGCGCUAUCUCCUUAGAGCAAGGUGUGAUGCCUUACCAGUGUCCAACACCACUAUUCAGUUUCACUGUGAUCCUAGCUUCUGGGCCCAAAAUAUUUUCAACUUAGGUUCCCUGGUAAUUGAAGAUAAUGAGACCCCACCACAUAUGCCUAAAAGCCCUGUGAUGGAACCCAACAUGCAGGCACCAAGUGGCUUACCUUCAAAUCAACUCUCUAAGUUCCCAACACAGAUCAGUUUAGCUCAGCUGCGACUUCAGCACAUGCAGCAACAGGUCCUCGCUCAGAGGCAGCAGCAGGCUCAACGGAGGCCAGGUCCUGUGGGUCUCCCAAAUCCUAGAGUGACAGGGCCCGUGCACCAGACUCCUCCACCUCCACCACCACCUCAGCAGCCCCCUCCACGUUUGGUUAACUUUCAGAAUCACAACCCCAAAUCAAAUGGCUCAGGUCCUCUUAGUCAGCCAAUGAGAGUGCCUCAGAACCAGAAUAUACCACAUCCAGCUGUGAGGCCCAAUCCACUGCAGAUGGCCUUCUUGGCACAGCAAGCUAUUAAACAGUGGCAAAUCCAUAGUGGGCAAGUUUCUGCCUCCCCCUCAAAUGCUAGCAGUACCACUUCAACUGCCUCCAGUCCCACUGCUGGAUACGAUGGGAAGACAUUUGCUCCACCCAUGAUAGAUCUGAGUUCAACAAUGAGCGGUUCCUAUACUCUACCUUCUCUUCCUGAUAUUGAUUGUUCAGGAACCAUUUCCCUGGAGAACCUUGUAAGGAGAGAUGCAGUUUUGGAGCAGAGCCAAUCCAAACCUCCUUCCCGCAAAACCGUCCAGUCCCCAAAUUCAUCUGUCCCAUCUCCAGGCCUCUCAGGGGCAGUUUCUGUUUCGGGUAUCCAUCCUCCAAUUCGUUCACCCAGUGCCUCCAGUGUUGGGAGCCGAGGCAGCUCUGGUUCCUCUAGCAGACCAUCAGGUGCUGAUUCAACCCAGAAGCCCCCAGUAGUCAUGUUGGAGCCUAUCAGAAUAAAACAAGAGUCUGGUAUGCCGAGCGAGAAUUACGAUUUCCCAGUUGUAAUUGUGAAGCAAGAAACAGAUGAAGAAUCCCGGAAUCAAAAUACCAGUUUUCCUAGAAAUUUGCUUACCUCGCUGCUGUUGAACAGCAAUCGUAAUCACUCCUCUGAAGAAACCGUCUUGAGAACUGAAGCACCAGACAGUACAGGUGACCAGCCAUCCAGCGGCAAGGGAGCAUGGAUAGGGGCUGGCCAUAGUGGAGACGGUAGAAAAGAAGAUGACCCUAAUGAGGACUGGUGUGCAGUGUGUCAGAAUGGAGGAGAGCUGUUGUGUUGUGACAAAUGUCCUAAAGUGUUUCACCUUUCUUGCCAUGUCCCCACACUCAGGAAUUUUCCAAGUGGAGAGUGGAUUUGCACGUUCUGCCGUGAUUUGUCCAGACCACAAGUAGAAUAUGAUUGCGAUGGCCCCAGUCAUAUGUCCGAAGAAAAAAGAAAACUGGAAGGCAACGUUGGACUGUCUCCUAAAGAUCGGAGGAAGUGUGAAAGAUUACUGCUGUACCUUUACUGCCAUGAAAUGAGCCUUGCUUUUCAAGAUCCUGUCCCUCCUACGGUGCCUGACUACUACAAAAUUAUCAAGAAGCCAAUGGACUUGUCAACAAUCAAGAACAGGUUACAGGUUCAUCACCCAUCAUACACAAAACCAGAAGAUGUUGUAGCUGAUUUCCGACUGAUCUUCCAAAACUGUGCUGAAUUUAAUGAGCCUGAUUCAGAAGUGGCUGAUGCUGGCAUGAAAUUGGAAGCUUACUUUGAGGAACUUCUGAAGAACAUUUAUGCGGACAAAAAAUUCCCCGCCCAGCCCUAUAGCCAUGCUGAUAGACGUAGUCCAGAUUUAACAGACGACUCAGACGAUGACUUUGUACAGCCCCGAAAGAAACGCCUCAAGGGGGAAGAGCGGCAGUUUUUUAAAUGAACCGGUUGU